CCAAGCUCCUUGGCCUCCUAGUUCAGACUUCAGACUCUAGCUCGCUUUGAAAACUCUCACAGAUUCACUAUUCGCCGAGUACCAACGGUGUUUGUACUCAGGUGACGGCGCUGGCCAGUGUUCAGCCACCGUGUGGAAGUUAAGCCCUACUUUGUGCGGCUCUACGCUAUCAAAUUUAACUCUCAGGUCAAACUGGCCUUCAAUAAACAUACAAGGAAUUUGAAUAGCCAACUGUAAAGAUCAUGUCCAGUCGAAAAGAAACAGUUUUAGAUCUUGCCAAGUUUGUUGACAAGGGGGUUCAAGUUAAGCUUACGGGUGGAAGACAAGUGACCGGGACACUCAAGGGAUACGAUCAGUUAUUGAACCUUGUGCUAGAUGAAGCCGUUGAAUACCUGAGAGAUGCUGAUGACCCACUGAAGACCACUGACCAGACGAGACGCCUUGGCUUAAUUGUUUGUAGAGGAACAGCAGUGAUGCUUGUUUCCCCAACAGACGGCACUGAUGAGAUUGCGAAUCCUUUCAUUCAGCCAGACGGUGCUUAGAUCUUGUUUGGCUGUUAUGCCUUUUAACUUAUUAAUAUGGGUUUUGAAAUCGAAUUCUUCCCAGAAAAUUUGUCGAAGUUCGAUGGCAAGGCGGUGUAUUUCGAUGGAUUGGAACUCCGAGUAGAAACGAACAAGGUGGAAUUUGGUCAAUUAAGUAGGGUUUGUUGAAGAUUUGGGUUUAAUUUUAUUGAUUUGAUUGUUGUUCAUGUAUGUGGAAUUUGGUCAAUUAGGUAGGGUUUGUUGAAGAUUUGGGUUUAAUUUUAUUGAUUUGAUUGUUGUUCAUGUAUGUGGAAUUUGUUCAUUUUAAUUGAAAAUUGAAGCGUGUAGUAUGUAAAUUUUGAAUUAAUAUUGUUCAUCUUUAUUUUCCUA